AACAUAGAAAUGGUUAAUAAUAAAGGAAUGCUUCAUUUCAAGUUCCUCAUCAUUGGUGAUCCUAAUGUUGGGAAAUCAUGCUUGUUAUAUAGAUUCACAGAUAAUAAGUUUAAGAGUCAAUCAAAUCAUACUAUAGGAGUAGACUUUGCAUCUAGGAUAGUAGAGGUCGGAGGAAGGUCUGUCAAGCUACAGGUUUGGGAUACAGCCGGUCAAGAGAGGUUCAGAUCAGUUACAAGAAGUUAUUAUAGAGGAUCAGCAGGUGUUAUCCUGGUAUAUGAUAUUGCCAACCGAGAGACUUAUAAUCACAUCACAAACUGGCUGAGUGAUGCCAGAGCACUCGCGAGCAAGGACGUAACGAUUAUAUUGGUUGGAAACAAGAGCGAUAUGUCUGCAGAGAGAGAAGUAUCAUUUUUGGAGGCGAUCAAGGUGGCUCAGGAGAAUGACUUGUUGUUCCUCGAGACUAGUGCAUUGUCUGGUGACAAUGUCGAGGAGACAUUCUUGAAGUGCGCAAAGUCGAUUGUAUCAAAGAUUGAGGAUGGUCUGAUCGACAUGGACAGUCUGGGAAUACAGGUCAGCGAUGGCGACAAGAGCGCAGUCAGAGGUGCAGGCGGUGCCCCUGCCAAGACAUCAUGC